GUGGGAGGCAGUAAAAAAGCUGCCUGAACAAUUUUUUUUUGCUCUUUUUCUUUCCUUAUCUCUUUAUCUGCCUGAAGAAAUAGUAUUGGCUAAUUUGGGAUUCUGGUGAUAGUGUCUGCCCUCCCCUUUUUGGGGGUAGAUGGAAGGAAGUGGGCUAGAAAAUGAAAUAUUCAGCUCUUAACCUCAGGUCAGGUAAGGCAGCUGUGCUGCAAUGGAAAGGGUGGUAGUGGCUGAACUUUGCUAUAAAAAGGAGAUCACAACUGUCUUUGAGACACAAGCAGGUGGAAGGGGCCUCAGAGAAGAACUCUCGUGCCUUGUCACCCUGUAUAUCCGCCCAAAGCAGCAGAGAGGUUGCCAUGGCUUUUUCCAGCUACACUGCUGUGUUCAGAUCACUGGUUUUGGUGCUGGUUCUAGCACUCACUGUAAGUUCCAGAAAGGCCAGUGCCUCUGUGAGGCUGAGUGAAGAUUGCCUGAACCAAAAGGAUCUCAAAUUCCCCACAGCAGUGGAAGUCAACAUUCGUAUCAGCAAGUCACAUCAUGCCUUUAGGAUGGUCCAUGAUAUCAGGAACCGAUCUCUCGCUCCUUGGGAUUACAGGCUCGACAAGGAUCCCAACCGCUUCCCCCAGGUGAUUGCUGACGCCCAGUGCCGCCUCUCUGGCUGUGUGAGCCCCCUGGGGCAGGAGGACCACAGCCUCAACUCCGUCCCCAUCAAGCAGGAGAUCCUGGUCCUGCGGCGGGAGCAGCAGGGCUGCCAGCCCACCUACCGCCUGGAGAAGAAGGUCAUCACCGUGGGCUGCACCUGCGUCACUCCAGUCAUCCACCACCACUCCUAGGAGGAAUUAUUAGGGCAGGCCACACUGGGAAGAAGCAAGAAAUCCUACAGACACCCCUCUGGUGAAAUCCCACAGUUGCCCACCGCGAAUCCCAGGAAUUCAACACGACAUUGCCCUUUCCAAAUCUGAACAAAUUACCUCUUGAAAUUACCUCAUGAUUCAGCUGUUGUUGCUUGAUGGAUUUUAGAAUGGGAAUUGCCGGUAGCUGGUGAUGGAGGGGAGGGAGAAGGAUGGAGAAAAAGCUUUGUUUGUGACCCCAAGCAGUGAGAGGGUAAAGCAGUGCUUUUUUGAAUUUAUUUUUCAUUGUAGUUUUUAUCAGUUUGGUGAGUCAAAGGAGUUAUAUUUUCAAAAGUUGUCCUUGGCAGUAAGUUGCCCUAAUGAAUACAUACCUACCAGCACUGCCAUAAAAAAUUCCUCCUCUUGCACCUUCUCCUUCCCUUACUCAUCCCCUACCCCUUUCCCUUCUCUGUCCACCUCUGCUUACUAAGAUAUUAUCUGUGUCAAUCAAAUAUUUAUAAUUCUAUUUAUGUCUUCUAUUUAUGAUUGUAUUUAUGGCUUUGUGUGUGCUCAGAGUACAAAAAAAAAGGAUAAUUUUAACCUGUAUUUAUUCAAUAACU